AUGUUCACUGAGACCACUCAUUAUUCCUAUGGUCACUACUGUGCCGCUGCAGGAGUUCUUCUGACGGCAUACUAUGUUGUUCCCUAUGUGCUAGACCCCCAUGACUACCGAUGCCGGUUUUCUGGACCGUGGUUCGCAUCUCUUAGUGGCUCAUGGCUUGCAAGAAGUGCUAGCUCUGGCCGUCACUACCAGAAUAUUCUCCAAUUGCAUGAGAAAUACGGGAAGUUUGUGAGAGUGGGACCCGAUCACAUCAGCAUCUCCGACCCGGACGCUCUGGAGGAAGUAUACGGGCACACGAGCGGCCUACUCAAGUCUGAAUUUUAUGAUGCUUUCGCUCGCUCUUCGCGUGACGCAAACUUACUUAGCGUUAGAGAUAAAACUAUGCAUACCAUAAAGCGCAAGCGUAUCGCAAACAUCUACAGUCCUCAGAAUGUUGGAGCUUUUGAACCUCGGGUACGGGUGCACAUUCAGAAAUUUUGCAACCAGCUGGACAUGCGAUGUGCAGCAGCCAUCGUCGAUACUCCUGGAUUUAAUUGGGCGGUUCAAGAUGGCCGUGCAGUCCUUGACAGCUGUUCGCAAUUCUCCUAUAUUGCUUUUGAUCUCAUCAGUGACUUGGCCCUCGGAGUUCCGUUUGGUAUGAUUGAGGCACAGAAGGAUUCGGUCCCCGAUCUCUUGUCUCUCAGCUCCGAAACGAACCUUCAAGACAUAGCUCCUAUUCGUGUUAUGGCACAUGCAGUGACGAAUGCAAUGACCCUUGGAUCCUAUAGCACUUGGAUCCAAAAUUUGCUUUUCUGGGCUCCAUGGUCCCUCUCCACCCGGAUGAACACAGUGAACCUGAUAAAAAUCAUACGGACAACACUUAAUGCUAGAACUAAAGCAGAAAAAGACAAAGACGAAGCAAACAAACAAGGGGUUGAUCUGUUGGACAAGCUGUUCGAGGUUAAAAAUGCCGAUGGAUCCCCGUUGGCGAGUUCAGAAAUUGAAGCCGAAGCCACGAUAACACUUAUCGCAGGGAGCGACACGACCUCCAACACCCUAAGUGCUAUGUCCUACUACAUUGCUUCAAACCCCAACAUCAAGAAGAAACUUCAGCAAGAGCUUGACUCGAUUGACGUGGACUCGGCAGAGGCAAAUGGCCUCGAGGAGGAUCAGCUGAAUCACAUAAUCCCUAGCUUCGAACAGGUGAAGAACCUGCCCUAUCUCACCGCAUGUGUGAAGGAAACUCUGCGACUCUACUCCACAGUGGGCUCCGGACUCCCACGAGUCGUCCCGGAAGGCAAGACGCUGACCUUUGCUGGUCAGACAUUCAACGCAGGAAGCGUCGUCAGCGUACCGUCGUACUGCACCAACAAGUCAAGUGUAUGGGGCCCCGACCCAGACACAUUCAGACCAGAACGGUGGCUAGAGGAAGGGGCAUCGUCUUUGAACAAGUACUUUGCGGCGUACUCGACCGGGCCUCGGGGUUGUAUUGGUCGCAACUUGGCGAAUCUUAAUCUUUUAUUAAUUUCUUCUACUUUCUUCCGUCGGUAUGACAUCGAGUUGGCCAGUCCUACCACCAAGCUUGAAAAUUCUGAAGGAUUUGUUAGGAAUGCAACUCGUUGCGAAGUCUCUAUCAAGCGACGAGUCUGA